UAGCUCUCUGUGAAGCUCCUUCCUGUCUAGACCCAAGGGCCGAGCGGGGCUUCCAGCUCAGACUAGACGUCUACUUCAUGGAUCCACUCCAGAACUGAAACCCGGCGUUGAUUCCUGAAUGUUCCCAGGUGACCGCCACGGAGACUUCCCAGGAAGGCAUAGCAGCCUCUCGGCCUUCCUCCUCCAAGCAGCUACGGAUGGGCCUCAGUAGCUUGAACCCCAGUCCUGGCACCGACCCCCCUGCGCCUCUACCAGAGGGGCAGCUCCAACAGCGGUACAGAGAGGAGAAGACCCUGCUAGAGUGGCGGUGGGGAAGGCUGGCCUUCCCACAGAGAAAGAAUACGUUCCUGGGGCACCUGAGGCAGAGACACCGUGAUCACAUGGCGCCUUAUCCGAUUGAAAGGGAAGCCAGGAUCUCUCCCCCAGGUGACAGAGAUCAGAAUCGAUUCCGAUGUGAAUGUCGAUACUGCCAGAGCCACAGGGCGAGUGUUUCCGGGAUCCCUGGGGAGAGGAACGGGGCCCCACAUCCUUCCUCCUGGGACACGCUAGUGCAGGGCCUCAGCAGCUUGACCCUCAUCCUGGGUACCAACCGGCCCGGCCCUCUGCCAGAGGGGGCACCCCAACAGCCGGAGCGAGAGGAGAGCCAACGAGAGAGGCAGCAGGAAAGCAAGACAAUGUUUCAGAGGCUGCUGAAACAGUGGUUGGAAGAAAACUGAGGCGCCCAUCGUCACGUGAUGGAGAUCUGAAGGGAUUCAGGCAUAGACGCCGUGCUGCCCGCUUCUAGGCUUAGGCUCCUUUUGGGGACUGGACAGUCAGCUAUAGUCGGAGGAAUGCCAAGACCUGUGUUGUGACUGGAUGUCCCACCAGCAGGGGAUUUGAUCCAAUCCCAGGAAGGUCCUAAUCUUUCGUGCCUGUCAUUUUUGGAUGGCCGUGAGGCAUUCUAUGGCAAGGGAGACUGCAUACCAGUGGUCCUUACCUCGUCUCAUAUGGCUCCCAUGAUGCAUGUUGUCACUUUCCCACCCUGGAUCUCCGUCUUUCCUCCCUACCUUGUUGUCAGUAAGGUAUAAAAUGUCUAUGUAGUGUGAAUGCCUUGUUGAUGUCCAUGUGCUUUUGUGCCAUUUUAUUGACUGCCUCUAAGAAGCAGCACUAGGUCUGUUUGAAAUGCACUGCACUACACUGAGAUCCAGCAUAAAGAAUCUGAAACUAAACACAGUGUGGGAAAGGGAUGUGGAAUUAGAACCUGGUGGUUCACCAUUGUAUUGUUUUUGUAAACUGUUAUGAAUAUGAUAAGCGGAAUGUGAGUAAAUGUUUUCCCUGCUCUUUAACACUUGAGUAGUAUUCUCCCCCGCAGGAAUAUCUGACGGGGCCCCUCAUCGUCAAUACCAAAUAAAUAUACAUAUGAAAGGAAAGUA